UAUUUCCACUCGAUUUUCUCCGAAUUUUCGACUAUUUUCGACAAUUUUCCAGCUUCUACUCGUCAAAAAAAUGUCAUUUCUCGCUCGUGGGCUCUCGAAUCUCAUCGGAAUAGUGGCGCCCGUCAUUGGCUCGUUCAAAGUGCUGAAAAAGCCGACGAAACCGAGAUUGAUCGAAUGCAUGCACUAUUGGACAAUCUACGGCUCAUUCCUCAUUGUCGACUGGUUCCUGAGCACUUUCUACGUCUCUUGCUUCAUUCCGUUCUACGAUUUCUUCAUUCUCACGUUCACAGUGCUCAUGGCGAUUCCCCACAUUGGAUUCGCCUCGGUUCUCUACACAAAGUUCUUGGCGCCGUUUCUGAGGAAAUACGAGCGCCGAAUCGACAAUAUUUCCGCGAAAUUGAUGGAUAAAGUGUGGGAGAACAUGCCGAUUGUGGCGAGCGCGGUGCCGGCAGUUUUGGCGUCGGUCGUCGCAACGCUUAACAGUGCUCCAACUCCAAUUUCUCAGCUUGAAAUCGAAGAAAUCGAUAGCUCAAUGAGCCUGGACCCGGAGCCGCGGCGCCGACCCGCAACUCGAACCCCAUCUCGCUCGGAGCCAAUCUUCCUCGAUCAGAGCUUCGAAAUCCAGGAUGACGAGGAUCUGAACCUCGGCGGCGACGACGUCUUCAUCCGCCAGAUCAAGCAGGAGAUCGUUGAGGAGGACCUGGAAAUCGAGAAUCCCGCCGACGCGACGCCACCGUCCCCGCCGAGAAGGCGCUCAACAAUGCAGACACGUCGUCAGCUCAGAUCUGUGCAGCAGCAGCAGUUCCGCCAUGGAUCCGUUCAAUAGAAGAAGAGAAAAUCAAUUAAUUAUUGACCAUUUAUUCGCGAAUUUUCCUGUAUAUCACUAACACCUACCUUUUACCCUAUGAUCCUCGUGUAUGAUUGCCCUGGUUUUAUCAAAAUAUGAACUGUGAAUGUAUUUAGAGCCCCGGAGAGCGGCUAAAAUCAAAAAUUCCUAUAAAAAAUCUAGAAAAAACCCCCUUUUUUACAGAUUUUCCACUCAAAAUUCCCCGAAAAUCCGACGAUUUUCUGAGGAAUAAACAA